AUGAGCGGCGCGUUGGAGUCGCUAUGGCGCUUCCUGCACGGCCUGCUCUUCGCCCAGCGCGCGCUCCUGGCCUGGCUGCGGGAGCAGCUCGGGGGUCGCGGCUCGCGGCUCGGCCGCUGGCGGCGCGGGGCGGCUUCGGUGGCCGCCGCCGCCUCGCGGGCCCUGCUGGUGCCGGCGGCCGCCACGGAGUUCUUCGCUUUCCACAAGCCGGCGGCGGCGGCGGCGGGGCGGAAGGCGCUGAGCAACCCGAGCCGGUGGCGGCGGGACGGGAAGGCCCUGCAGAAGCUGCCGGGCCACGUGGGCCUGGUGGUGACCGAGGAGGAGCCCAGCUACGCGGACAUGGCCAGCCUGGUGGUGUGGUGCAUGGCGGUGGGCAUCUCCUACGUCAGCGUCUACGACCACGACGGUAUUUUCAAGAGAAAUAAUUCAAGACUGAUGGAUGAAAUCCUAAAGCAGCAACAGGAAUUGUUAAACCUUGACUGUUCCAAAUAUACAGUAGAAUUUGCAAAUCAAGACAAAACAGAUCAAGUUUUAAAUUGCCAACCUACAUUAAAAGUGCUGUCUCCAGAGGAUGGAAAGACGGAUAUAGUAAGAGCAGCUCAGAAAUUUUGCCAUUUAGUAGCACAACAGCAAAGAAAAUGCACAGAUCUGGACGUGAAUGUCUUGGACAACUUACUAAGUAGUACUAAAGGCUUUCCUGACCCUGACUUAAUACUGAAGUUUGGUCCUGUGGACAGCAUAUUAGGAUUCCUUCCUUGGCACAUCAGAGUGACAGAGAUCAUUUCUUUGCCUUCACAUGUGAACAUCAGCUAUGAAGACUUUUUCUCUGCCCUCUGUCACUAUGCAACCUGUGAACAGCGCUGGGGAAAAUGAUUUCUUGCUGAACAUUAUCAGGAUUUCCAUGGAGAGGACCCAGUGUCUCUGUUUACAAAUAUCCGUGAUAUAUAAGUCCAGUACGUAGUCUUUCUUAAUUUAUCAAAUUCAAUAAAGUGUCUUACCUUUCUA